AUGCUGAUUCUUUCCUUAUCUCGAUUCCUUUUGUCAGUCGUCUCGCUGGCCAUCAUAGCCACCGCUCAAAGCCUCGAUGACUUACCCUUGGACCCUGGGACAAAGAGACUUCUCGAGUCCCUAUCUCCAGAAAAGCAGGCUUAUAUUCUGAAGAUGUAUGGAACAGCCCUUGCAGGACAAGUCCCCGCCUCGCCAGAUGUCAUCGAAGCGCAAGAGCUCACCUGGAGCUAUGGGAGGAGCCCUCCAUUCUAUCCAACUCCACCUGGGACGGGACUGGGAAAUUGGUCCCACGCUUAUGAUCAGGCAUCGGCUCUAGUUUCUCAGAUGACAAUGGAUGAGAAAGUAUCUGUGACAUCUGGACAGACGACUACGCCUAACGGAUGCAACGGCAUGAUUCCAGGAGUCCCACGCCUUGGAUUCCCCGGCAUAUGCGUCAACGACGGCCCCAGCGGUCUUCAUGGAGUCGAGGCUGUCAACGGAUACCCAGCUGGCGUUACCGUUGCUGCGGCAUGGAACAAGAGAUUGGCACACGCAAGAGGCCGCCAUAUGGGCCUGGAAGCCAAGCGCCGAGGAGUGAAUAAUCUUUUGGGACCAACAGUUGGUCCACUCGGCCGCACUGUUGUUGGUGGCAGGAACUGGGAAUCCUUCUCGGUCGAUCCUUACCUCUGUGGUGUCAUGGGUGCUCAAACAGUUCUAGGCAUGCAAGAGAAUGUUAUAGCAACUGCCAAGCACUUCAUAGCCAACGAACAGGAAACCAACCGUAACCCCAGCACCUUCGGCAUGGGCAACGCUUCAGUCACUGCGAAUAUCGAUGAUAGAACCAUGCACGAACUAUAUCUCUGGCCCUUCCAAGAUCUAGUCAAAGCCGGCGUCGGAUCAGUCAUGUGCUCCUACAACAGAAUCAAUGGCUCUCACGGCUGCCAGAACAGCUAUACGCAGAACGGCUUGCUGAAGACCGAGCUCGGAUUCCAAGGCUUUGUCAUAACUGACGCUGGAGCUCUGCACAGUGGAGUCUCAAGCGCCAACGCCGGCGCCGACGUUACGACGCCUUUCAACGAGUUGUGGGGAGGCAACCUUACCGAGGCGAUCGCAAAUGGCACGAUGAAAGAGAGUAGGCUGGAUGAUAUGGUCACUCGCUGGUUCAAGUACGCCGAGUUUGAACCUGGAACCGGAAUGCCGAUUGAUGUCUCCAAGCCACACAAGGUCGUCAGCUCCAUCUCUCGCGAUUCCCGCAAGACUAUCUUGCAGGGCGCUGUCGAGGGCAUUGUGUUGGUCAAGAACGAGAACAACACCCUCCCGCUCAAGAAGCCAAAGAUGCUGUCCCUGUUUGGCUACGAUGCCGAUGUACCGCGGAUCAACAACCGGGAAGGUAUGUAUAGCAACUGGGAUUUUGGAUUCCAGAGCGUCAACGUCACCGAUGGGGAAAUGCUUGGCCUUACCAUUGGCGUCGGCCAGGUUCCAGGCGGCGCCCAUCGUGGCACGCUUGUCACUGGUGGUGGCAGUGCUUCCAUCACACCCGCAUACAUCGAUUCUCCAUACAGCGCCUUUCAACAGCGCGUGAUGCGGGAUGGUACAUUUUUGUACUGGGAUUUUGAGUCGCGGGAUCCUGUCUACGCCAACGCCGGCUCCGAUGCCUGUAUUGUUUUCAUUAACGAGUUCAGUACCGAGGGUAGCGAUAGGUCUACCUUGGUCGAUCCUUGGUCAGACGAACUGGUCAAGAACGUUGCUUCAAAGUGCCCCAAUACUAUAGUGUCCAUCCACAACGCUGGCGUCAGGUUGGUAGACCAGUGGAUUGACCACCCAAACGUCACAGCGGUUCUCUUUGCACACCUGCCCGGCCAAGAUGCAGGCAAGUCACUUGUCGAGAUCAUUUACGGGGACCAGUCACCCUCUGGUCGGCUACCUUACACAGUAGCUAAAAACGAGUCUGACUACGGCGAGUUGUUGAUGCCUGUGAAAGCCGACAAUGCGUCAAACUAUUAUACGUCGGCCAACUUCACUGAGGGGGUCUACAUUGACUAUCGUCGCUUUGACGCGCUCAACAUCACCCCCAGAUACGAAUUCGGCUUCGGCCUCUCCUACACUACCUUCAGAUUCUCCGCGCUGCACUUGGAACUCACUUCCGCAGGGGCUAAUGCGUCAGUCCUCCCUCCACCAGGACAGGUAGCUGAAGGAGGACAGACGUCGCUCUGGGACACUAUCGCCACCGUUUCUGUGGACGUCAGGAACACCGGCGCCGUUUCCGCAUCAGCAGUUCCUCAGCUUUAUCUCGGCAUUCCGGAAGCACCCACGAGACAGCUGCGUGGGUUCGACAAGAUCCUCUUGAAGCCUAGACAGGUCAAAAAGGUGACUUUCUCGCUCACACGCAGAGACCUUAGUACAUGGGACGUUAAGGAACAGAACUGGGUUUUGCGUAAGGGAGGAUACAAUUUUUAUGUCGGGGCAAGCAGUCGCGACUUACCGCUCAGGGACACACUGGUUCUCUGA